AUUUAAAAUUUCAUUAUUUUUCUAUCAAAUGGAAUUUUAACAUUGCAUUCGACCGGCUGAAGAAAAAUUAGUAAUUAUUUAGAGUUCCACUUCCAUUAAAAUACCGGGCAUGUCUGAAGUAGAAAAAGCUCAAGAGGCAGCCGCAUCUGCCGGUGAAGAUACAAUAUUUGGUAAAAUAUUGCGCAAGGAAAUACCUUGCAAAUUUAUCCAUGAGGAUGAAAAGUGUGUGGCAUUUCAUGAUGUAAAUCCUCAAGCUCCAACUCACUUUCUAGUGAUUCCAAGGAAACCUAUUGCACAAUUGUCUCUUGCUAGUGCUGAGGAUGCUGAAUUAUUGGGUCACCUAAUGAUUGUGGGAAAAACUGUAGCCAAACAAUUGGGUUUGGAAGAUGGUUUUCGUGUUGUGAUCAACGAUGGGAAAAAUGGAGCUCAGUCAGUGUAUCAUUUGCAUUUGCACUUCCUCGGUGGCCGACAAAUGCAAUGGCCUCCUGGCUAAUUGAAAAUAAUUUUGAUAUAAUGAUUUGAAAAUGAAAGAUAAAUAAAGAAAUACAAAGUGAAAUAAGUA